ACAAGCAAUCCAGAUUUAGCAAGCCUGUUUGAAUGUCCAGUAUGUUUUGAUUAUGCACUUCCACCGAUAAUGCAAUGCCAAAGUGGUCAUAUAGUUUGUCAGACAUGUCGUCAAAAAUUACGUAUGUGUCCUACGUGUCGGGGAGAAUUAGGAAAUAUACGAAAUUUGGCAAUGGAAAAAGUAGCUUCAACUGUGAUGUUCCCCUGUAAAUACUCAAAUAAUGGCUGUCAAAACACAUUACUUCAUACAGAAAAAACAGAACAUGAAGAAACAUGUGAAUUCAGACCUUAUUGUUGUCCAUGUCCUGGUGCCUCUUGUAAAUGGCAAGGUUCAUUAGAACAAGUGAUGCCACAUUUAUUACAAAUACACAAAUCUAUCACUACUUUACAAGGAGAAGAUAUAGUAUUUUUAGCUACAGAUAUUAAUUUGCCUGGUGCAGUAGACUGGGUUAUGAUGCAGUCCUGCUUUGGUCACAACUUUAUGUUAGUUUUAGAAAAACAAGAAAAAAUAGAUGGUCUUCAAUUAUUUUAUGCUAUUGUACAAUUAAUUGGUACUCGGAAACAAGCAGAAAACUUUGCCUAUAGGUUAGAAUUAAAUGGACAUCGAAGAAGGUUGACAUGGGAAGCUACGCCAAGAAGUAUUCAUGAUGGAAUACAGUCAGCAAUAUUAAGUAGUGAUUGUCUUGUGUUUGACACCAAUAUUGCCCAGUUGUUUGCAGAUCAUGGGAAUCUGGGCAUUAAUGUGACAAUUUCAGUUUGUGAAAGAUAA